UGUUAUUUUGCAUGCUUUCUUUUGCACUAUUUUGAAGCUUUACAGAUAGCUCCGCUACAUUUCUUUAGCUAUUUCAAUUCUUUUUUCUUUUUUUUUUUUGGAAAGAUCCAUAUAAUGUGCAUACGUGCAACUCUUACCCAUUGGUGAGACCUUUCAAGAGUCUCAUUGGCAUGCAAAAUAUUUUUUCCUCAUACUUUAAAGGUUAUGAAGUCAAAUAGCCCCAAGAUUCUAUGGUGGUUUAAACUAUUGACAAUGGGUGUUUUCCUUGGAUUCUUGAUUGUUUGGGAAAUUCAUAGUGUCAACGUGGGCAGUUUUUCGGAAGAUUUUAUUUUGGUGAAGGUGAAUAGUUCAGGAAAAUUCAGUCCUUUCUUUAAAGAUUUUAGCUUUACCAAUAUUAUCCAAUAUUACGAAUACUGGGUAAAUACUUAUCAGAAAUUGAACCAAGAUGUUGCCCGACAAAAUCUGGCUCCUAAAGGUGUUGCACUUGAUUUCAAUCUUGAAAAGGUGACAAAUUUGUCCCAUAAAGAACCAGCUACAAGACCAAGAGUUUGUAGGUGGAUUUCAACUGAAUUAGAGGCAAACUAUUCAUCAAAUCUUCUUAUUGAAUUGUUUGCUCCUGGAGGUGAGUCGUGUAGGGAAUCGAGAACAGUGGAUUUAAAAAUCCCUGCUUUGGAUGGUCGUGAGAACAUUGAGUUGUCAACAGGUGAUAUUCACGAGUUUGUUUUCCAUGCAUUGGAUGAUUCUGGGAAGCCUCAUUGUUUGGGUGGUGAUUAUUUCGAAACUGAUAUUGCUGGUGAAACAUGGAAAUCUAGACCUCCCAUUAAAGAUUUUGGCAAUGGUACAUACCAGUUUUCCCUGCAAGUUCACCCUGAUUUUUCUGGGGAUUACAAUCUUACAAUCAUAUUACUAUUCCGACAUUAUGAAGGCUUGAGGUUUUGGCCCGAAAGAUUUGUAUUUGACAAAGUUUUGCGCGUGAUCCCAGUCAAAUUCUCUAAGUCAUCUGUUGAAUUACCUGAAAUAUCUCAAUGCAAGAAAUCAGAUCUUGUUAAAGAUGUGUGGUCUGGUCGAUGGACUCGUCAUGCCAAGAAUGAUAGCUGCUCAAUUAGCAAUGAUGGGAGAUACAGAUGCCAAGAACCAAAUUUUCCAUGUCAAAAACCAUGGUGUGAUGGUCCACUGGGAUCCUUGGAAAGCAAUGGUUGGGUCUAUUCAACACACUGUUCAUUCAAUAUGUUCUCAAGAGAAGAAGCUUGGAAUUGUUUGAAGGAUCGCUGGAUUUUCUGGUGGGGUGAUUCAAAUCACUGUGACACAGUGAGAAAUAUUCUUAAUUUCAUUUUAGAUAUGAAUGAUACAAGGGAGGUUCCAAGAAGAGUUGAUUUGAACAUCAGCAACCCGAGGAAUUCAUCACAAACAGUUCGAUUUACUAACAUUUUCAAUGGGCAUCCUAAUGAGACCGACAAUAAUCAAGGCUUGAAUUCGUUCACGGAUACAGGCUAUAGAGAACUUUUAAAAGGGUACUUCUCUAGACAUGUUGUUCCAGACACUAUAAUUAUGAAUUCGGGCUUACAUGAUGGACUGAUGCAUUGGUCUAAUAUUACGUGUUUCAUAGAAAGUGCAGACUUUGCUGCAUCAUUUUGGGCUGAGGUAUUUAAUGGCGUAAGGCAGAGAGCCUUGACACAACCAGAAGUCAUAUAUAGGACUACAGUCGCCCCGGGUGGAAACGCUAGAACACAUGGGUACAAUCCAAAUAAAAUGGAGGCCUUCAAUGGGGUAAUCUUGGAUAAGUUUAGGGCAUAUGGUUUAAUCGAUUGCGUCAUUGAUGAUUUCGACAUGACUUAUCCAUGGCACUUUGACAACCGAUGCAAUGAUGGGGCACAUUACGGUCGUGCUCCUUCCAAGCAGAAGUGGAGGGAUGGUCAGAUUGGGCACCAAUAUUUUGUGGACCUUAUGCUUGCUCACGUGCUGCUCAAUGCAUUAUGUUCAACAUAGAAGGUAGCAAGUGGUACUGAUGCUAACGGUUCACCUUGGCUCUUGUUUUGGCUGGCCAAUUGGCAAGUACCUUGAUAUGCAGCCAACUUUAAGCAAUUUAUGCUGCAUUUCAAGCUGGACUAGUAGAUUUUCCCAAGAGGAAAGUCUAGGGUGCAACAAAUUUAGUGAUUUAUCUGCAUUUUAUGUCAUUAUGUUUUCUGAAAUUUCUUCCACAUUUUAGGUCAUAUAAGAUCUAGAUUUUAUACUACAGGUUGUAUAAGACCAAUACCUAUGCCUUUUGAAGUAAAGGACUAAAAGAAAUUACUUAAUAAGUCGUGCAAAUUAAAAGGCUUAUGCUCCCUAUU